AGCAAUAACAAACUUGACCGUCCAUGGCAAGUGAGGAUCCCAGUCACGCUCUGUCACCGGGCAUCGGUCAUCAGACAGAAGAAGAUGGAACUAUUAUCCAAGAUCAUACUGCGCCUAUUGUUGUUUCUGAUUUGAUGGGCAAGAACGAAGCCACCGAGAAUGAAUCAAAUUCCAUUGACGAUCAUACUGUGGAGCAGGGUACUGGGUGGGCGCGUGAAGAAGCAAAAGAUUAUAAUGAGAAUGAGGUUGAUAUUUCUUUUGUGAACACUGAAAUGUUCAAGAAUGAAGUUCGAUCGCGGAGAAUUGCAAUGGAGGAUGAGGUUCAGCGGGGAAUUCUGGAUUCUCUGGUAACUUGGUUUCUCUGUGAAGAAGAAAUGGUUGAUAAUGAGAAUAAGGAGGAGGAGGAGGAAGAGGAGGAUAAGUACUAUUCUCUACACCGGGAAUUUCUGCUUGAUCUUGAAAAUUGGGAUGGCGGUAAAGAGAAGAAAAAUUGCUAUUGA